GUUUUAGGUAGGUGUUGGAGAAGAAAUGGUGCCCGCGUGACAGCGCGGUCGAGAUCAUGGCGAAUGCCGGGAUCAGGAAUACACUGCUGCUAGCGUCGGCGAUUCUGUUCUUGUUCUUGGGAUUGCUGCCCGCGCGUGGAGGAAGGCCUCACAUCAGCAAUCUCAAUGUUCUUCUUCCGCCGAGGACGACGACUCCAGUGCGCUAUCGGCUCCAGGGAACCGAUGGCUGCUUCGUUUGGACUUGGGAUCAUCACGACAUUAUCUCGCUUGUUCCAGAGUACAACGGCACGUCCAGCGAUUGCUCGACCAGCGCUUUGAUCACGCCGCUUUCUCCAUUCGAGGAGAGGCAAGCGACGGCGGUCCAUGCCACCGACACUGUCACGGGGGAAAUUCUGCGCUGCGAGGUCUUCAUCGAUAAGAUCUCUCGGAUACAAAUAUUUCAUCACUCCGUGAAACUCGAUCUCGAUGGAUGGGCGACGCUGCGCAUUCGUGCUUUCGAUGCCGAAGAGAAUGUGUUUUCAUCGCUGGUGGGAUUGAAAUUCGCGUGGCAGCUAUCUUCGUUUGAUCCUGCUGGUGAAACGCUUCCUCAAAAAUUACUACACGUUCCUCUCAAAGACAGUCCUUUGAGCGACUGCGGCUGUAUGUGCGGAGACCUUGGUACUCAAAUAGAGUUGGAGGACCAGGGGUUUGGAUCUGAUUUAUACGUUGUCCGAGGAGUGAGUACUGGACAGGAGAGAGUAAAAGCCAGGCUAGUGGAACCGAGAAUGGAAGAGCUGGAUGAUACAUUGGUCUUGACUGUUGCCGAGGCGAUCUCUCUGGAGCCGCACUCUCCUCUGUAUAUUAUUCCGGGAACGAGCUUUCGGUUCAAGUUGAAGGCUAUGCGUAAAAACGUCUUAUCAGAGAUUCCAUUGCCUUCUGUAUAUCACAAGUGGUCUGUUACAAACGAGGCUGUCGCUUCGGUUGACCAACACAGCGCUCUUAUUGCUGCAAAAGUUGUGGGCGUAACGAAUGUUAUCGUGGAAGACGUCAGAGUGAAAGGGCAUCAACAAAUGGCUACUGUGCAUGUUGUCAUUCCCACAAGACUAGAACUUCACCUCCUACCCCUUUACAAAAAGGAAGCGCAUUCUCGCAAGCUGGAUGUAGAAGGCAGGGUAUCAGGGGAAACUUGGUACAUCGUGUCUGGCAGGGAGUACGUGGUUAAUGUUCGGGCGUUUGCUCUCGACUCCGCUCGCGCUCUUUACCUGACGCAGAGUAACGAUUUGAGACUUCUUUUCACGUACCUGCCGUACUGGGAAGCUGUUGAAGUUCCCGAAGAUGUUUCAUCCGAACAUGGAUGGCAAAAUGCGACGUUGCUGAAAGCUAAUACUGAGGGCGCUGGAACUAUAGUGGCUAAACUUGUCUACAACGUUGAUUCUGAUGUGAAGUUGCUAAAGCUUGAGCAAGCAGUUGUUGUGUGCCCCCCUGUUUUAAUAGCUCUGGAGCGUGCAACAAGUGUCCGCGCUGUAUUUCUUCCUUGGAGCCCAGGAUCUUCGCAGGAGUACCAGUUAAAAGCUGAAGGAGGCUGCGGAGAUAUAUCUAGCGAUUACGUAUGGUCCUCAACGAAUCCAAGCGUCGCAACUGUGAAUGCACUUGGAAAAAUUUUGAGCAAAGGACCCGGGAAAACAGUAAUUCGCGCGUCGUCGGCAAAAGACUUGCUAAACGUUGAUGAGAUCCACGUGGAGGUGUCUGUUCCAUCAUCCAUCACUGUUGUUCAUGGUCUUCCUGUUGAAGUCGAGAUAAACACCAUUCUUCCAGUCGCCGUGAGCUUGACAACGCCGGCUGGUCACGCUUACUCCAGAUGUGACGUCUAUAAUAGUUUUGUGCAAUGGGACCUUUUCGGUGUGGACGGCAACUUCAAGUUUGUGGAUUCAUCGGGUCCAUUUACAUUAUCGGACAUCUCAUCUUAUUUAAGGCCGGAAGAAAGCUCCUCUCAAGUUGUAUGUGCAUGGAACGCAAUCUUGCCAUUGCGACCAGGCAGGGCAACCGUCACGGGAUCCUUGAAAGUUUCAACUGUCGAGGCAGCAGCCGCUUUGGAAACGUCUUGGGCGAUAGCUUCGUACGCUCCUCUAGCUCUACAACAGGUCUCGGAUGGAAAUUCUUGCGGUGGAUACAGCUGUAGCGACACUUCCGGUCAAAGUACAUGUCACAAUUUGAAGGAGCUGCUACUUGUUGUGGGGAGUGGCAUCAAGGUCAUGCUAGUAGGUGGCCCCGAACGCUGGAGGCAGGAAUCACAAUUUUUAGAGUUCCACGAAAUCGUUUCUUCCGAAGCCGGAGGGAAAGCGUCAGAGGAAGUUCUCGUCACUCGCUCAACGGAUGGUGGCGGACGAGUCUUCUUCGUUGGCUGUUCCGACUUCGGCAAUUACACGCUCAUAUUUCGUCGUGGCUACCAAGAUCUUGAAGGACCAGUGAACGUUGUGGCCAGUUCUAGUUUACUGGUUGUUUGUGACGUUCCUAGCUCAAUCGUUCUCAUUAUUGACGAGUCAGAUAAUAGUCAGCAUAUUAUCAAGUCAGUAGUUCAGUUGGAGCGUGAUCAGGAAAGAAAGCGUUUGCUGCCAGUUACGGUAUUAAACAGUCGCUCUAUUCGAGUUGCCGCACUGGGUCUUCACAGUUCUGGAAGGCCAUUUGCGAACACAUCGUCAAUGGCUCUUUCCUGGCAUUUGGACGAGUGCGAUGCUCUCGCAUACUGGGAUGAUCUCGACAUGCCUCCGGACAGAUGGGAGAGGACCCUUGGCCUCCAAAAUACCGUGGGACUGUGUGCAGUAAGAGCGACUUUGACACAUCUGAAACAGUCAAAACUACCAGUGUUAACAGUUGUUGCGGCAGCUAGUUUGCUAAAGCAAGCCAAGCCGUUCUUGCAUGACGCUGCUCAAUUACAACUCGUUGCAGCACUAAGGCUGGAGCCAAAGGAGACUUUACUUUUUGGCCACCCAGACGCCAAGGCGACCUUGCAAGUUCUCGGAGGCACGAACGAUAUUGAGUCACACGUUAAUGACUCUAGAAUAGCCGUCGUUAUUCAUCCACCGACUGGACCUCGUGUAUCACACCUCGUAGUUGCUGCAAGAGCCAUGGGAAUUGCAGUUGUUUCUAUACUUGACGUUGGUUUGGCUAGUCCUGCUUCAGCAAAUGCUUUGGUGCACGUAGUUGACAUAUCGUGGAUCAAAGUUGUACCCGACGUUGUAACCAUGGAGUUGGGAACAAUGUUGGAGGUUCACCUGCAAGUAGGGGAUAGUACUGGGCGUACCUUUGAUCCAUCACAGUUUGUGCUUUUUAACAUCCAUGUCCACCUUCAAGACGAAAUUAUUAGCCUUGUAAACCAGACGUCAACUCGAGUACCGGGAAAUUCCUUUUACAUUCAGGGUGCCGACAUUGGUUUCAGCAGUUUCCACGUUACUGCUCAAAAAGCUACCGGUCGUGAAAUACAUAGUACCGUUGUUAAGGCUGAGGUGUAUGCUCCACUGAAAGUUAUUCCAUCGCCAUUACUAAUGGCACCUGGGGCACAGUUCAUGCUUGUUGUUCAUGGAGGCCCAAGGACUGGAAAAGUUGUUGAGUUUUCCAGCUCGGAGUCUUUAAUUGCUGUUGUGGAUCGCAAUUCAGGACUGGUCACGGCAAAAUCGGCUGGGAAUGAGGUUAUUUUAGCAAGAGCAUUUGAUAACGACGGGAAUUUGCUUGGUGAAGCCUUUACUGAGAUAACAGUGGCUAUACCUGUUUCAAUGUAUUUGGAGGUUAGAGGAGGGCAGCUUGGAACGGGAAGGGAAAUGUCGAUUUAUCCUUUCUCUAACGAGGGAAAUCUUUUCUCUUUCUUUGAGAUGUGUACAAACUAUGAAUGGCUCGUUGCGGACGAGGAGGUUCUGCAACUGGAAAGCGUAAAGCCGGCUAGUUCAGGUCAUACUCAGAAGCUUCCUGAUGGAGGUAGCGAAUCCACCUGCCUAGUUGAUGCAGGUUUCUCUGCAAGAGUUUUUGGAAAAUCUGCUGGUAUGACCACUGUUUCUGUGAGCUUUAUUUGUCAAUUCCAUACCCUGGGCGGGCAUUCGGUUCCCAAAAAUUAUUCAGCAUCAGGAUCGAUCUCUGUGAUCCCCGAUCCUCCAUUGGCACUUGGAAUGCUGGCGACCUGGGUACUUCCCCCAGGCCACAGAUCUUCAAAAUUACUGCCUCAGCGGGUGGUAGAUGGAUUGACAACUCGAGCGAUUACAUAUACUCUGAUGCAUGACGGAGUUGCCGGCAGCGAAAUAUUCACUAUUGACGAUGGACGUAUCAACACAGCUGACAGGAUGGAUGUUGCCUGUAUACAUGCGAAAGACAGAGAUGCUGGCCGAUCCGAGAUUGCUGUGUGUGUCAGAGUUGCAGAGGUGGCACAAAUGACUGUUGGGGACAGAGUUCAUGUUUCCGAACUUUCUGUCGGAACACAACAUACUUUUAUUGUUAAUUUGCGCGACAAUAUAGGAACACCGUUUUUCGAAGUAGAUUUGGAGUCUUUGCCGCUGUCCCUAGAGACGAACCGUGCUGAUGUGGUUUCUUUGAAGGCCACAAAGCUUGAAGCUUCUGGUGGUUCGACGACUGUAGCGAUUGUUGUGCAGGCCUUGCGGCAAGGUAAAGCAUUAAUCCGUAUAUCUCAAAAGCAGAAAGUCGACAUUGCCGAUUACAUCCUGGUUUUUGUGGGUGCAUAUGUCUAUCCACGUAAUCCAGUUAUGCGUAUUGGAGAUCGUGUAAACUUUUCCAUUGCUGGGAAAGGCUUUCUAUCAUCUGGUGUUUCUUCACUGGACCGCGGCCAAUGGUCUAGUGGAAACGAGCAUAUUGUUCUUGUGAACAGUCGCACAGGGGAAGCCGAGGCUCUCUCGGAAGGCUCUACUGUUGUAAGCUUCAACGGCUCACGUUUGACAGCAUACACAUCUCUAAGUGUGGUGGGCAUAUCCACUGUCACUGUUGAAGCUCCAUCAUUUCCAUUCGUCACCAAUGCUCCUUUCCCUGACCAAGGCUACAAAUUUACUGUCAAAUUCAAAGAUACGCAUGGAGACGAUGUCGGUGUGAUCGGCGAAAGUAGACCUAUUUCUUAUGAUUGCAAAGUCGAUCCAUCGUUCAUUGGGCGUGCAGCUCCGUGGCAUGAUCCAGAUUCAGGCACGUUCUACUGUUUGUUUUUCCCCUACGCGCCAGAGAAACUUUCAUAUAACUUGCACCAAGAACUGAAAUCAAAGAGAGCUACUAGAGACCGGGGUGAUGCAAAAGGACGGAUAGGCAUGUCAGUAACAGCAGUGCUUUCUCGAACGCCAAGCGUUGCUGGGUCUGCUGAUUGUACCUUCGCUGGAGGAUUUUCUAUAAUCGACACACCUUCACAGCUUCAAUUGUCCGUCACGUCGAACAAGAGCAGGAUAGCCGUGGUGGGAACCGUAGGAGCGAUUGCCGUUUCAUGGCAACGUAAGGAUGCAGUUGAGGUGAAAAGGCUCACCAGGACAGAAGAGCCGGGUGUUUGCGGCCAUGCGGUUUACGAGGUGCUGCUGCUCGAGGAAGACAAGAGUUUCACAGACAAGUUGGUCUUUUUGCUGACUACUACGGGCCAGCGCGAAGAGAUUUCGAUGGCUUACGAUGCCGGGCAAUUUAACGUGGCAGCGCUGUCCCAGCAGAUCUUCACGGUGGCGGUCAUAACUCUGGUGGCGAUCGUCCUCCCCGUGUUCCUGUGCACCAAACUCCUGGACCUCCCGCGAUCUCUCCGAAGCUCGCCGGCGACGCCAUCGCCAACGCGAAGGCGGCCGCUGGUCGCGCAAGUCGUCCAGGACGACGGUGCCUCGGGAGUACUGGUGAAUGGAGCCGUGGACGACACCAUCCAAACUCCCGUCCAAUACAGAACGUAUAGCAGGACUCCGCCGCAGCCUUACACGGAGUACGUGAGUAGAACGAUCGAGCAGACGCCGUAUUACAGCAGGCAAGGCAUGAGACGAACCGAUCCUUCCAAGACUUACUGAAAGAUCUCUCGAGGUAUAGAGGUAUGCCAUGCUAGCUCGAGAUAAACUUUCUACUUCUCUUUCCAGGCUCGUCCAGGUUGAGUUUCAUCGUGAGAAAGGAUCGCAAAGAUUGGUGUGAGAAUGGAUCGCAAAGAUGAGCUUUGAGCUUUUUUUUUAUUCUCAAAGUUUUGUAGUGUUUUGCUAGCACAGGACAGGAGAGAUUCACUUCGAUGGUUUUUUUUUUCUUGUAUGCAUCUUUGUACGCCAGAGAGGCUGUGGAGAGCCACAAUCUGGUUGAAACGAAUGCAAGGUUUUGUUUCAUCUUGUUC